ACCCUGCAUAAUUACGAUCAAUCCCGCCCCCUUUUGCUCCUAGUUAAAGGCCAUAAGACGCCUUUUAGUUUAGUUUUGAAUCGAUUUGAGUUAGAAAUCCAUCAGCUGGUUGAAGACAGAAGCCUCGGCUGUUGAACAGACCUGUGCUUGAGGAUACACUUUUGAGGCUUCCGUGAAGAUGAUUUUCGACAAGGUGAAGAAGUUUUGCGUGGAGUUGGAGUCCCCGAACGCUGACUGCCCGCCUGUGUUCAGCAGUGGAGAUGUGGUGUCCGGGCGAGUCGUGCUGGAGCUCUGUGCAGAAACCAAAGUGCAAUCGGUGAAGCUUCAUGCUGAAGGUUAUGCCAAAGUCCACUGGACCGAAUCUCGCAGUGCAGGAUCCAGCACGGCUUACACACAGAACUACAGCGACGAGGUGGAAUACCUGAACCGGAGAGAGGUGCUGCUGCAGGCAGAUAAUGGGGAACUGACAGUCCUUCCUGCUGGAAGACAUGAAUACCCUUUCAGCUUCCAGCUGCCCGAAGAGACACUUGUGACUUCCUUUGAAGGAAAGUAUGGCAGCAUUCGCUACUGGGUCAAGGUGAAGUUGCACCGGCCAUGGGCCCCGGUGAAGAAGGCCAAGAAGGAGUUUACGGUUAUCGAGCUUAUUGAUAUCAACACACCGGCUCUACUUGCACCUCAGGCUGGAACCAAAGAGAAGAUGGCUCAUAUCUGGUACUACAACUUUGGACAAGUGUCUGUCACUGCAAAGAUUGACCGCAAAGGCUACACACCAGGUGAAGUGAUUCCAGUCUUUGCUGAAUUUGACAACUCCACUUCCCGAUCUGUGCUGCCCAAGGCUUACAUCAUUCAGACUCAGACCUUCUUUGCGAGGGGCACCAUGAAGAAAAAGCAAUCCAUUGUGGCCGUUCUGCGUGGAGAUGUAGUGGGAGCACGGCGCAGAGAGACCUGGCACGGCCGUGCCUUCAAGAUCCCUCCAGUUGGUCCCUCCAUCCUUCACUGCCGUAUAAUUAAAGUGGAGUACAUACUGAAGGUGUGCGUGGACAUGCCUGGCACCUCAAACCUGUCCCUGGAGCUUCCACUGGUCAUAGGAACCAUCCCUCUGCAUCCUUUUGGCAGCCGCACCUCCAGCGUAAGCAGCCAGUACAGUCUGAACAUGUACUGGCUCCGCAUGGCCCUCCCUGAGCAGCGUGAAGCUCCUCCUGACUACAGCUCGAUCGUCACCGAAGAGGAGGCAGUGCAGAAUUCUGCAGCCAGCCGUAUCGAAGAGGACCUCAGCGCAGUGCUGGAGCGCCCCUUCAUGGCGUAUGUGCAGGAAUUCCGCUUCAGACCACCUCCAGUAUACGCUGAGGUGGACCCAAAUCCUCAGGCCGUUAACGUGAGACCACGCUGCAUGACAUGUUGAACAUCACGCUGAUCAUCACACGGUGAUGUCCUGAUCGAAACAAAGCAAAGUUCUGCUUCCACUAGAGGCUCUGGAUCUCUGAAACUGGCACACGCCCCUGGGGAGUUGUGUUCAUCACCUUAGGAUAUGUGCGCUUCCACCAGUUAAGGAUGGGGAAGGAGGAACUCUCUGGACUGAUGGUCAGAUGGAUUCCUGAGUCUUUGCAAGAAGGGGGAAAAAAAAAGUGCAAGGCGGGUUGAUUUUUCUGCUCGUGUACAUGUCUUUAAUUUGUCUCCGAGUAGACUUUGGUCAGUGCCCGCAAAUGACGUAACAACCUCUGAAGCUUAUUUUGUGUUAUGGAGAUGGCUAGACUGAGAAAGGAGCCUUUUUUUAAAUUAAUGCCUAACUGUAUGGGCUAAAUGUUUAGGUGACUUUUUUUUUUCUCUUCUGUAUUUAAAGUCAACAUUGGUGCCACUCCAUAUCAUGUAAUCUCCAUCUGCUAGCUGGAGCAAUAAUGCCUUCACUGACAAGCCAUUUGUGGUAGUCAAAGUGCUUCCAAAUGCAUUGUUUCUCCUUUGUAUAUCUAACAUCAAUAACAUAAUGUUAUUCUAAGCUCUUUUUGGUGUUUGUUGUAUGCGGGUAAGGAAAAAAAAAAUGACCGCGUUGUGCAUGUUGAGACUUGCCUUAAUAUGUACGUGUGAUAAUGGGCAAAAUGGAAAAGUUAAAGUUUUUGAGGAGUCUGAUCCAUAUUACGUGAAAAUCCUGAAGGUAGGAUGUUUUCUUGAAGAGAAAACUGCCCAUGUGUUGGUGGUGAUGAUGGCGAUCUUUGUUAAGAAGUUUGCAGCUGGCAUGACCAUAAACGUUUAAGGCUUUAAUGUGACUGUACCAAAGUGCUUUCUGCAUUUUUGCCAGCAGCCUUUUAUGAUUUAUGACGGUGCAGUAGCCGGCACAAAUGGUCUUAAAGUCAUUAGCUGGAUAACAAGCCAUAUUUGUUCAAAGUGCCUUUUUCUGUUGUUGCAAUAGCAACGUGACUGAGUACAGGGAUUAUGCAUGAUGAUGCAUUAAGCUUUAAACUUGUUAUACCACUCCAAAGUGUACUUAACAUUCCAAAGAUGGCUGAAUUUUUUUUUUUAAUUCCAAAUUGUUAACAUCAGGUAAGAACACAUUGAAUGUACCAUUUUUAUGGCGCUCAUGGAAAAUGAAUGUAUUUUAUAGGAUUUUUUUUUUUCCCAUGUCAAAAAUAUAUUUUCUUAAUUGUUUUCUAAUAAAAUUGAAACAAAUCUGA